CUUCUUUAUCACUGUUUUCAUUUAUUUAUUUAGUGAAUUGUAUAUUUGAUUUAUUUCUUAUUUUCCUCCUAUUAUUUCAUCCUUACUGGUGCUACACAUCACUUAGGGUUAAUAUAGGGUUUAUAGUGAAAUUUAAUAAUAUAUUUUCCUUGUGGAUUUCAUUCUGGACCGACCAUAGUUUGAGAUAUUCUUCAUUAAAUGGAGUGAGAUUCAUGGUUUUGUAGAAAUUGCUUAAAUUAUAUGUCUUUAAGUUUGGUAAGCUACAUUUUUAUCUCCACGUAUUUAGUUUGAUUAAUGGUAAACCUGCUUAUGAACUAGUUUGUGACUUGAUUUUGUUUAGGAUUUUUUUGGAGAGAAUCUUGCUUUUUAAAUUGGAAUGAGGUAUAUUAGGCACAAAGAAAUUGAAAUAGGUAUCAGAUGUUUGCAAUUUAAGUUGUGAACGUUCACUUAAAUGGAUUGUACUGAUCAGUUUUGUGUGAUAAUUGCAACCGUAAAAGAGUCUUGAUUAUCGGUUUGUGAUUUCUGAUAUACCUUUGUAGCAUAUUCCCUUGUUCCAUUUUUAUUCAGGGAGUUUUGUAUGUUAUUUUCUUUUUUAUUCAGUAGAUUAGCUUUUGAACUAGCUGUAGACUGUGAGAAAGAUUGAAUCAUACGAAGGCAUGAAUGAACUGAAAUUUAGGGAAGAAAUGCAAGUUAUUUUCUUUUUUAUUUGAUGGAUUAGCUUUUGAACUAGCUGUAGGCUGUGAGAAAGAUUGAAUCGGACUAAGGCAUGAUUGACCUGAAAUUUGCACAAGAAAUGCAAAAGUCUUAUUUUAAUGACUGAUUUCCAUCACCUUUUAAGCAUUUGGUAUAGUUUUGCUUCUUUUUUUUUUUGCAUGAUUCUGUGAUGUUUUAGUUAAAUUUGGACACUUCUGUAAUUCAUUGGUUAAAUUUACCGUGCUUAUGAUUUGAUGAACCACAGAACAUGAAAUAAUUUUUCCCUUUGUUUCAUCGGAUGUGUGACAAAUAUUCAAUGAAUCUUGUGUUAAUUUAUGAAAAUUUCACAUACUUUAUUAACUCUAUGAUUUGUUUUGAUCUCCAUUGAUAGUAUAUUCUUUCUGAGCUUUUUUGGAUUCACCUUGCUGUAUUUUGAAGUUUUGAACCUGAUUUACGAGUAUUUCGAAUGUUCUUUUGAGAUGCCCCUCCUGCACUGCACAAUAAAAGCUUGUUCAGUACUUAUUUUGUGAACUAUUUUUCUAACAACUGAAUAUUAUCAUCAAAAAGAAAAGGAAGACGGUAAGCUGAACCCUAGCUUUUAGAAUUGGCUGAUUUCCAUAUCUUCAUUCAUGGCAUUUAAUAGUCUUUUACAUUUGUUUCAGUUAGCUGCUACUCUUUAAUUUGUGCCCCAUUCUUUUUCGUUCUUUGUAUUUUCAUCAACAGAUGCAAAAAACAUUUAAUUAAUUUGACUGAAUUAUUUCACCGUUCUGCAACAUUGGUCAAAUAAAUGGGGCUGAGAAAAAGGAUCUAAUCAUGAUUAGCCUAGAGCAGACCAAUUGUCGCCCAAAAUAAUCAUAAAUUUCUUUUAGUUGAGAAAUAAUGCUUAAGUAUGAGUAGCAGCCCAUCCAAAUGGGGCCUCAGAGUGCUACUGUUUAGGAUGAAAGUUUCUGAUGACUAGAAUUACAAAUCUUGUGUCUCUGAUUUACAUUACAAAUUAUUUUCUCUAACUCAUAGUAAAAUUGUAUGGAAACCAUUACUGAAUCUGGUUUAUAGUCAAAUAAAAUGCUAGUAUCUUUAAGGAACUCAUGUCCCAUACACCCAUUCACGUAGUGCAGCCUGGAGAACAAAUGUGAAGGCCUUUAUCUUCGUGGUGGUUCAAAUCAGUAUGGAUGCAAGCAAUGGUGCUUCAAAGUCUAUUUCUAACACUGAACAUGUGCCCCGCCAGCCUGUUUUUGUAGAUGGGGUGCCUGGCUCUAAUAGCAAUCCCUCCCAUUCUCUUAAUGCAUCAAUGGUGCAACAUGCCAUAGCUUUGCAACAAUAUCAGUUUCAACAAUCAUUGGCUACCCAACAACUGUUACUUAAACAACAUACAGCUGCAAAUGCCACAAACAUUAGGGCUGCAACAGAACUGGCAGCUGCUCGAGCUGCUGAGAUCAGCAAACUCCUAAAUAGUGAGACGCCCAAUGUAGUUGAUGAAAAAGGAGGUGACGUUCAUUCCCCGCCAAUAAGGAAAAGAUCUAGGUCUAAAUCACGAGAGCUCUCUCCAUCUCUGUCCGAGUCAUCAAAAUUGAAAUCAGAACAUCCUGUUGGGUAUAGGAGUGAACACUUUGGGCGUGAAAGGCAUAGUGAGUAUUCGAGUUAUUAUGACAGCAGGUAUGGUGAUCAUGUUGGUUAUUCAAGGUCAAUCUACCGACAUCAACGUAACAGAAGCUAUUGGUAUCAUCGUAGAAGUCCAAUCAGAAGCAGGAUGAGAAGGCCGCACUCUAGAUCCAGGCCUCAAAGAUAUUAUCAUGGUAGGUCUCCUUCUCCUAGGUAUUGCCGUACUAGAUCCCCUUCACCCUAUCGUGAACGUAGGUCAUCGUAUAGGGGCUUGGAAAGGCACAAAGUGUCUAAGAGUCCUAUCAGUAGUAGUAGCCUUAGUUCAGGCCCCAGAGGCAUGACUAAUAGAAAUAUAGAGAAAACAACUCAUGGGGAGAGGUCAAGUUAUUUGAGACAAAGUCCAAGCAAGACCGAUUCAAGUCUUUGGGUUGGGGAUGAUAGAGAAGGGCCAAGUGUUAGUUGCAGCAAAAAAAAUCGUGCUUCUGAUGUAUCAUCUGAAGAUUCUGAAGAGCAUGAGGAAGAAUCCAAACCUUUAAGAGAAGAGUUAUCAAAGAGAAGGGUAUCGACACCUUCACCAAUGUCUCAAUCUUCCUCUAGUAUUCACUCUGUGAAAGUCUCUGAUCCUAAAGAAACAUAUGCUGGUGAGCUUGCAUCAGGUGCUUCAACUUUAAGUAAAGUGAUGAGUCUCAAAGCAAUUGGUGUCAGUGAGGAUGAGAAUGAGCAGGUCACAUGUGCUCCUCCAAAGUCAGGCAAUAUAAGUUGUGCAACCAAUGCUAUAUACGUCACUGGUAGUAGCAGAAAUCAUGAAGGCCUUAAGAAAUUACAUGGCAAUGAGCAGGCUACAACUUGUGAAAUUCAGAAGGAUACAAGUCUUUCAGCUGUUAGCAAAUAUUACCUUCCUGCUGGGCCGCCUUCUUUUGAAUAUGCUUGCUAUGAAGAAAUGGAUCCUACUGAUGUUGCCAAAGGAAGAUCACCAUAUGUGUUAUCCCCUGAUGGAAACAGUGAUGAGCCCAGGCCUGAACAUGAGAGAGGAAAUGUGGUAGGACCUUCUUUUGUGGCAUCAGAUGGAUUAACUGGGAUAAAUACUGAACAUGAAAUGGGAUGCAGAAGAGAUAAUCAUAAAAUGUCUAGACACAGGUCACAUUCAAGAGGAAAAAGAAAGAAGCAUGGCAAGAAGCAUCAGAAAAGACAUAGGAGAGAAGAGUCAGAGGAUGAUAGGAGUACAGGAGAAGAUGGUAGAAGCCAAGUGAGAAAAAGAAAGCAUAGAAAGAAAGUUCACAAGAGGUGUGACAGGCAAGAUAGCAAACGGCUGAAAAGAAAGCUUCGGGAUAUGUCUUAUUCAAGUUUAUCAGAGGACUCUUCAUCCUCUUAUUGAGAUAACAGAUAAUGCUUUGAUGUUUCCAAGAUGAGAUCAACUGGUGAAAUUAAAAAGAAGCAGCCAUCUUUAUAUUUAGAAAUUGUUCAUCAUAGUACUGAUGUCCUAGCAUGGCUCUUAUUGUGACUUAAGAGGUUUGUUUUGGAUGUCAGGUAGAAAUUUACAUAUGUGUUUUUCUCUUUUUCUUCCCUUUUUUCUUUUUUGCUUUGUCUCAUUCUCUUUAAAGGAAACAUUGGUCCUUUGAUGUUAUUGGCUCUAAAGUUGGGUGGCAUUUCAGCUUGUCGGGUGCUAUGACUCACAUGUUGCUGUCAGAACCUUGUUGUCUUUUAUUGCUUGCAGGAAAGAAACAAUUUGUCCACUUUGGAUGUGUCUGAGAGCCGAUGCCUCCUCUUGUCUAGGUGUGAAAUUCAAGGUCUUAGUUAAUUCCAUUUAGCUGCAUGAGUUUUUGUUAGUUAUUAUCAUAUUUAUGAUGUUCGUUUCUGAGAUGCAAAAGCUAUUGGCAUAUACAUGGAAAAAGAAAAUGUCAGGUAUACAGUUGAGGAAGCCAUGAGUAUUAUUUGAGAUGGUCAGGUGGGUGUUAUUGAUUGAUUAUGCAUGUAUUUUCUAUUAAUCAUCUAGCUUUGGUGUUUUUAAUAGCUCCUUGCAUACAGUCAAUGAAUUUGUAAUAAUGAAUGUGCAAUAAAGACGUUGAAAUGAAA